AUGAUUUGGAUUAGACCCACUUGUGUUCUCUCUUUCGCCUUGUUUUGUGCCCACAUAGCAGCUGUAUCUGUAAGUAAGGUUCUUCUGUUCGAGUAUUUAGAAAUAUAAAUGCUGGUAUAUGUUAUCCACUUUCUGUAUAUUUAUUUCUUUCAGAUUAAACAUCUCUCUAAUGGAAAUGUACAUGAUGAAGAUUUUGAUGAACAGAAGGAUAUUCCAGAAAUCAAUUUUGCUGCAGGCUUGAAUCUUUUUCAAGGGGACAUCCUCCAAAGGAAUUCCAGAAAUGGGCUGAGAAACCCUGACACCAGAUGGAAGUUCCCCAUCCCUUACAUUCUGGCUGACAAUCUGGGACUGAAUGCCAAAGGAGCCAUUCUUUAUGCCUUUGAAAUGUUCCGCCUCAGGUCCUGUGUAGAUUUCAAGCCCUAUGAAGGAGAGAGCUCAUAUAUCAUAUUUCAGAAGUUUUCUGGGUGCUGGUCUGAGGUUGGUGAUCAACAUGUGGGACAGAACCUUUCCAUUGGCCAGGGGUGUGACUAUAAGGCCAUCAUUGAACAUGAGAUCCUUCAUGCUUUGGGAUUUUACCAUGAGCAGUCAAGAACUGACCGGGAUGACUAUGUGAACAUCUGGUGGGAUGAAAUUCUUCCAGGUUAUGAGCACAACUUUAACACCUAUAAUGACACCUUCAUCACAGACCUCAACACGCCCUAUGACUACGAGUCUUUGAUGCACUAUGAGCCUUUCUCGUUUAACAAGAAUGAAAGCGCUCCUACCAUCACAGCCAAGAUCCCUGAGUUUAACACCAUCAUUGGGCAGCGUCUGGAUUUCAGCUCCACUGACUUGGAGAGGCUGAACCGAAUGUACAAUUGCACCACAACUCACACCCUUUUGGACCACUGUGCUUUUGAGAAGGCAAACAUCUGUGGGAUGAUUCAAGGCACCAGAGAUGAUGCUGACUGGGUCCAUGAGGACAGUUCUCAGCCUGGACAAGUGGAUCACACCUUGGUGGGACAAUGCACGGGUGCCGGCUACUUCAUGCACUUUGGCACUGGAUCGGGGGUGGCAGAAGAGGCAGCCUUGCUGGAGUCUCGGAUUCUUUACCCAAAGAGGAAGCAGCAGUGCCUGCAAUUUUUCUAUAAAAUGACAGGAAGCCCUUCAGAUCGACUGGUCGUCUGGGUCAAGAGGGAUGACAGCACAGGCAAUGUUCGCAAGCUGGUCAAGGUGCAGACCUUUCAAGGAGAUUUGGACCAAAAUUGGAAAAUUGCCCAUGUGACACUUAGAGAAGAAACGAAGUUUCGCUACCUUUUCCAGGGCUCAAAAGGUGACCCCCAGAACUCAACUGGGGGAAUUUUCCUGGAUGAUAUCACCCUGACAGAAACCCCAUGCCCUGCAGGAGUUUGGACAGUAAGGAAUUUCUCGAAGGUCCUUCAGAGCACGGUUAAAGGGGACAGGCUUCUGAGCCCUCGAUUCUAUAAUUCAGAGGGAUAUGGUUUUGGGUUGACCUUAUACCCUCAUGGCAGAACAAGCUAUGGUCCAUCUGGCUACUUAGGAGUUGCUUUUCACCUAUGCAGUGGGGAGAAUGAUGCUAUCCUGGAAUGGCCGGUGGAAAACAGACAGGCGGUAAUGACAAUACUUGACCAAGAACCUGAUGCCAGAAAUAGAAUGUCCUCAAGCAUGGUGUUCACUACCUCCAAGUCCCAGACAUCUUCAGCCUUAAACGACUCCAUCAUCUGGGACAGGCCGUCCAUUUGGGGAUCCUAUGAUAAGGACUGUGAUUGUUUUAGAAGCGUCGACUGGGGCUGGAGUAAUUUUCUUUCCCACGAAAUGCUAAAAAGGAAGAGUUUCCUUAAAAAUGAUGACCUUAUACUUUUUGUGGACUUUGAAGAUAUAACCCACCUUCUCCAUACUGAAGUUCAAGUUGGAAACACAAGGCUGAUUCCCCAAGGCCUUGUUCUCCAAGGCCGGGAGCAGCAGACCUCAGAAGGAGCAGAAGGAAAAGCCUCAUUAGAGAAAGCCCUACCCAGUAACCUGGACCCGGGGCAGCCCAGCCGACAGAAGCGGUCAGUGGAGAACACAGGCCCCUUGGAGGACAAUUGGCCACAGUACUUCAGAGACCCAUGUGACCCGAACCCUUGCCAAAAUGAAGGCAUCUGUGUGAACGUGAAGGGGAUGGCGAGCUGCAGGUGUGUCUCCAGUCAUGCCUUCUUUUACACGGGGGAGCGCUGUCAGGCCAUGCAGGUGCACGGCAGCAUCAUGGGCCUGAUGAUCGGAGGCACAGCUGGCGUGAUCUUCUUGACCUUCAGCAUCAUCUCCAUCCUUUCUCAAAAGUCAUGGCAGUGACCCACCUGCUGAUGUCAGCCAGAUCACAGAAGCACCUUCUCUACUUCAGAUCUUCCUUUCUGGGCCUCAGUGCAGUUUGGGGCCGUUUUUAUCAGCCUUGCUUUGAAUAGGCCUCCAAGGAGCAAGGCCUCCAGCCUCCAGUGUGGCCAUAUAGUUUUUCUGUCCCUGAUCCCCACAUGGUUCCGUCACCCUGCCAUGUGUUCCAAAGGUCGUUAAUGUAUCCUGUGACAGCACCUAUUACACCUCAUUGUAAAUCCCUUGUUUAGUUGGCUGUCUUUCCCAUAGACUGUAAACUCCGCGUGGGCAGGCCCACAUUUACCGUAUUUGCUCCAAUGCCUGGGAGCACACCUGGCUGGCACAUCAUGGGACUCAAUAAAUAUGAAUGAACAGCUAA